CUUUGCGUGUGUCAACUUUGAACUGAUCAAAGAAUUACUAGACUUCUCCUUGAACUUGAAGAGUUUUUCUUUCCAGUAGUUGAGAUAAUGGGAGAGAUCAAUGGCUACACGGACUUGGAGAAGCAGAGGCUGCUGCUCAACGAGCACGAGGAGAAACAUUUCAUGUCGAGCGAGGUCGUCCGGGACAUCAUCCUCGGUGUUUCGGAUGGCCUCACGGUCCCUUUCGCGCUUGCUGCAGGCUUGUCGGGGGCAAAUGUACCCUCGUCCAUCAUUCUAGUCGCCGGCGUAGCUGAAGUUGCAGCCGGUGCCAUCUCCAUGGGGCUUGGCGGGUAUCUCGCAGCUAAAAGUGAAGCUGACCAUUACGCAAGGGAGCUGAAGAGGGAGCAAGAGGAGAUCGUUAGCGUUCCUGAUAUAGAGGCAGCGGAAGUGGCAGAAAUACUAGCACAGUAUGGAGUCGAACCACAUGAGUAUGGUCCCGUGGUCAGCGCUUUACAGAGGAAUCCCGACGCUUGGGUCGACUUUAUGAUGAAGUUCGAGCUAGGCCUGGAGAAGCCCGACCCGAGGAGGGCUCUUUGGAGCGCCCUGACCAUCGCGUUCUCUUACAUUGUCGGAGGGAUAGUGCCCCUAGUGCCCUACAUGGUCAUACCCAUUGCAACCCGGGCCCUGGGGGCUUCCGUUGUCUUAACGCUGGUGGCGCUUUUGAUAUUUGGGUUCGUGAAGGGACACUUCACCGGCAACCAGCCCUUCAAGAGUGCCCUCCAAACUGUCCUUAUCGGAGCCGUUGCCUCCGCCGCUGCUUUCUCUAUUGCUAAAGUCGUCAAAGCCUAGGUAGCUCUCAUUUGACGGAGAUGAAUAAUUUGACAUUUUUACUUUUCAUAUUUUCCUCUUUUUUUAUAUCUUCUUCUUCUUCUUUUUUCCCCUUUUUCGUUCACCGUGUUUUUUUUUUUGGGGUUUUUACCGUCUUGUGUCCUCCUUGCGUGUUAAACAAAAAUAAAUACUAUUCCAGCAUAUCAAGGUUAAAAACCCACAGAAAGCAGAGAAACGGAGUAUGUAAUAUGGUGAAACACAUUUUGGCCGGUAAUUCAAAGGUCUUAGAUUCAAUGUUUGUAGUAAA